CCAAGCCUAAAACCCAAAUGCACUGCCUAAAAGUCUAAAACCCCCUUCUCCAAGUGCUCGCUGUGUGUGUGGAAGCAGAGCAUAACUGUAACUCAAUUUCGCUUCCGAAGAGGAUCCCUCCCAAUGAGAAGGUUCACGUGGUUUACGCCGUAUCGCCGCCGUUUGCUCUCUUUUGCGUUUUCAGAACCUGUCGUCCAUAGAGGACACUGCUUCACCGAAUUAUUGCCUUUUCGCCAAUCGCCGUUUCUCAGUCGAGCUUUGUUCAAUCGCAGUAAUGUCCCAAAAUCGGAGGAGUUUCUGAGUUUGAGUAAACCAUUGAGAUAUCGAUAUAUUCAUGCUGCAGCAUUUUCGACAUCGGUUGAGCAGGAUUAUUAUCAAGUUCUUGGCAUUUCUGAGGACGCCACUCAGGAUGAGAUAAAGAAGGCCUUUCUGUUGCUUGCUAAAAAGUACCAUCCAGAUGCAAAUAAGAAUAAUCCAUCUGCAAAGAGGAAAUUUCAAGAUAUAAGAGAAGCUUAUGAGACGUUGAGAGAUUCUAAAAAGAGGGCCCAAUAUGACAAGAUGAAGAUGCAAAGCCGUGGUUCACAGAACAUAGAAUAUGACGACCACAAUGAUGAUUUUGCAGAAAGGUUUCAAAAUGCGAAAGAAAGGUUUCAAAAUGGUUUUCACCAUGAGUUUUCUUCUUCAUUUCAUACAGUAUUCUCUGAGCUAUUUGAAGAAGAAAUCACUCAUUCUUCAUCAAGUAUAGAGGUGGAGUUGUCCCUUACUUUCUCAGAAGCUGCAAGAGGGUGCACUAAACAUGUGUCAUUUGAUGCAUUCGUUCCAUGUGAUUAUUGCGAUGGGAGAGGGUAUCCACCACGUGCGAAGGCUAAAGUUUGUCCAACAUGCCGGGGCUUAGGUCGAGUAACAAUACCUCCAUUUACAUCAACAUGCAUUACCUGUAAAGGAUCAGGUCGCGUCAUUAAGGAUUUCUGUACGUCUUGUAGAGGAUCUGGGGUGGUUGAAGGGAUUAAAGAGGUUAAAGUUACAAUACCAGCAGGUGUGGAUACUGGAGAUACAAUCCAUGUGCCAGAGGCCGGGAAUGCCGUUAAAAGUGGAGCUCGACCUGGGAGUUUAUACAUCAAAAUCAAGGUUGCCGAGGAUUCAGUCUUUGCCAGGGAUGGUGCAGAUAUCUAUGUGGACUCUAAUAUUAGCUUUACGCAGGCUAUUCUUGGUGGCAAAGUUGAUGUGCCUACUCUAUCUGGGAAGAUGCAAGUAAAGACUUUUACUCAGCAGGUCAUGCAUGGGUCUUACAUAAACUGGUUGCAUUGUGUAAAAACUCUACUGGAAAUGAUGACAAUGCAGAUACCCAAGGGUGUUCAACCAGGGCAGCUACUAGUAUUACGAGGAAAAGGACUACCAAAGCAUGGUUAUCUUGUACAUCAUGGGGAUCAGUAUGUGCGUUUUCGUAUUAACUUCCCCACUAAAAUUAAUGAACGACAACGUGCUAUACUUGAAGAACUAGCAGAGGAGGAAAUAAAGCAGGAAAACCACUCAACAUUUGAAGGAAACUGGUGGAAGCAAAUUAUUGAACACUUGAACAGUCCAAAUAUUAUGGUAGAACUAUCUGUGCUGAUCCUAAUCCUCGUCCUCAUGCACAAAUUGUUGAGCUGAGAGCUUGUUCCGACAUCAUUUCCUUGGACUUGCCAAAGGCAAAUCCAUGGAUUUGUUUUAUUCUUCAACCUUGUAAAGUAGAAGGUAAUGAAUUUACCAUUCAGGCACAUAAACUAUCUGAUAUGAUAUAGUGAAGCAAGGAGUGGGUGCUCAGAUUACUGAAAAUAAAGUUGUAGUUGUACGAAGCUAUUUCUUGGCGCCAGUUCCUUUUUCAAUACUUAUGAAAAUUUCACGAGGACCCUUCUGAUUAAUUCUUAGGCCAUCAUCAUGGUAUUCAGAACAGAGAUGGGAACAUGUUGUGUAUCAUUUUUUCUUCUCUUAUUCUUUCAAUAUUUUAAAUUUGGUGCGAUAAUCUUGUAACUAUUCCCAAGUGUUGCCUUCUUCAAUCCAUUGUUAUACUUCAAAUGAUAUAACCACAAAUUACAUUCUUUUGA